CUAGGUGGGUGGGACCACAUUUUGCAAGCAAUGUAAUGAAAGGGUAAUUAUGUAAAUAUCAAAAGUUGAAAGGCUAGAUCUCCAAAGGUGAACAAAGAAAAAACGGGGAGACAGAAAGAUAUACAACUUGUAACUAAUUUCUAUUUUGUUAUACUAGUUGUGUACUUGUGUAGUUCACUAAACAACAAUUAUUUUUCAAACUUGUAGCUUAGGAAGGAAGUUCACUGAGAAAGAGAUCUCUGAAAUUCUUUUCUAAAUACCAUAUUUGCGCUGUUCCUUUACAUCUCUUCAGAUCAGAACUUCACUACCAAUGUACGAGAAUAGUAAACAGAAGGGGAUAUUAUACCAACUAAACACAAGAGGAAUUACCAACUAGAAACAUAAUAUUGCAGGAUCUUCAUUCGUUGAGUGAAUUCUAAAUUGAGUUAUUCAGGGUCCAAGAUGUUCAAAGUGGGGAGAUGGAGGCAUGAAAAGAUCAAAGUUGUGUUCAUGUUACAGUUUCAAGCAACUCAGGUGCCAGGUUCCAAAUCAAAGCUUAUGAUAUCUUUGGUUCCAGUGGAUGUUGGCCAACCAACAGUUCGAUUGGGAAAAGCUGCGGUUCAAGAUGGAAUCUGUACAUGGGAAAAUCCAGUAUAUGAAACAGUAAAAUUCACAAGGGAGACAAAAACAGGGAAGCUUCACGACAAAAUUUACCAGCUUAUAAUUUCCACGGGAUCAUCAAAAGCUGGUUUCUUGGGAGAAGUUUUUGUUAACCUUGCAGACUAUGUCGAGGCAACAACACCAUCCACAAUCUCCUUGCCGAUUAAGUCCUCAAACACCGGAGCAAUUUUACAUGUCAUGAUUCAGAAUAUGCAAGGAGCUGAUGAUCAAAGGGAGCUUCAGAUGGAUAUUGAAGACACUGGAGCAUCAAAUAUCGAUGAGGGCAGCUUCCAAAGUCAUGACAGAAACUAUCAAUCAGAAGGAGACAUGAAUUUUGUUGCCCACAAAGAUGACUACUACAACACAACUUCUCUAGACAAUGAGGAAAGGAACUCAAGGAAUGGAAACACCUUAAAUUCUUUAUUUGAACAGAAAGAAAGUAGAGCACAUCAGGAGACCAGCAGUGACCAAUCAGCCUACACUAACAAACCUGUAUUUAGAACCCCUAGUCCUGCAGACAACGAACAUCAAACAAGAGUGCCCAUAACGCUCGAUUGGAGUUCAGAGGAUGAUAUUACCAACUACGUGGAGGAUACUAAUGAGAAUUUUCUAAGAGAACAAGAGCAAGAACCUCCUAAGAGUCUCGUUGAACAGCUCCAAAGAGAGAUUUUUACUUUGAAGAGACAGGCAGAGGUAACUGACAUAGAGCUACUGUCAUUAAGGAGGCAAGCUGUGAAGGAAACAAAAAGGGCACAAGAAUUAUCAGGGAAAGUGGUUAGACUAAAAGAGGAAAGAGAUGCAUUCAGAAGAGGAACUGAAAAAAUCAGGUCAGAGCAAAAUGGAGAAAAUGGAACUGAACAUCCAAAGGAAACGAGAACUGAGGGUAAGAAAUCGAGGCAUCGCCAGAAUGAAGUUGAAGAAGGCCUAGUCCACACAAAGGAUUUGAAUAGGGCUCUUCGUUCACAGCUAAGAAGGACGCAAGAUUCAAAUUCAGAAUUAAUUCUUGUGGUGAGGGACCUUGAAGAAAAGUUAGGUAAGAAAGAGACUGAGUUGGCUGAUCUUACCAAAAAAUUGAAAAGCGACAGAACAUCUGAAGGAUUUCAGGAACCAAAAUCUGAAUUUGAACUGUUUGGUGACAGAGAAGUAGAAGAAGCUCCAAGCCCAAACAGAGAUUCUAAAGAAGUACAUUUGUUGCAACAACUGAUCGAAAACCUGCAAGGUGAAUUGGAAGACCAUGUGGAAGAGAAUAAAACCCUUCAAAAGCAGAUCAAACAGUUUUCUAAAGAUUGUGAGAUUGCAAAAAAGGAUAAUGAUGAUCUCUCUUCAAAGUUUAAUCAGAAGCAACUAGAGCUGAUUAAAAAGGAAAGAGAGUGCACACAUAAUAUGCGGAAAGUGGAAGAACUUGAAUGUCAGAUAGCAAGGUUGGAGAAAGUAAUUCAGAAGCAAGCAGAAGAAUUCUGUGAAUCUUCAGAUGUGAUUCACGACCUUGAAACGCAAGUAAACAAUUUGAAGUAUGAACUGGAAAAACAGGAAGUAGAAUUUGAAGAUGAGCUCAAAGAAAUGACUGAUGCCAAAGAUGAGCUCGAGCAAAGAGCCCUUCAUGCAGAGGACACCUUGAGAAGGACAAAACUAGAUAAUGCUUCUGCAGCCCAGAGACUACAAGAGGAGUUCCGAGAACUUUCGGAAGAAUUAGAAACAAAGUUCAAGGAAAAUGAAGAUUUGACUGCAAAGGCAGAAGCUGAGGCUAGGGAGCUACGCCUUCAUACAACUACUCUCGAAGAACAUCUUGAGAAAGCUAACAAGGAACUUCAGUUAGUACAAGAUCAAUAUACAGCUGAAGUGGGAAGGCUUUCAACAGAAUUAAAAGAUAAAGAGAACAAACUUGCGCAACUAGUACUUGCACACAAAGAUGAGACUGUGGAGCUUAAGUAUAGCAGAAAGAAAGUAGAGGAAAAAUGUGAAGCCUUGUCAAAUGAGAAUCAAGCACUUAGGAUGGAAGUAGAAAGGCUUACAGAAGACAAUUAUGACUUCACAAACAAGAUUGAAGAAAUGAAGACACUACUUGAUGAGACGAAGAAGUCUUUUCAAGAAACAAAGACAGACAGGGAAGAGCUAGAGACAAAAUAUACCAUGGCGAGGACAGAGAUAAAUCAAGCACAAGAGGAGCUCAAAGUCCUAAGAUCCUCGAAAGACAAGGAAGAUGCUAUGGCUGGCGUACAAUUACAAUUGGAAAAACUCCAAGUUCAGCACAAUGAAUUGAAAACCCGAUUGUCUGAUAUAAAGUUGGAUAAUGAGAACCUCAAAAAGCAAGUAACCAGGCAGAAGGAAAAUCUGCAGAAGAAAGAUCAUGAAAUAGCACAUCUUGAGAAGUUCAAGGAUAGCAGCUCCAAGGAUGUAUCGGCUCUUAAGGAGAAAAUAAAGCAGCUCAAGGCAGUCAGAUCCAGUGGAAUAUCUCCUGAGAGUGGUAGCAAGGUGGAAGAUAGAAAAAAUUCAGGGAAAAAAUCACAGCAGUCAGCAACUUCAGCCAAGUCACUGCAAAAUGGAGCCAGCAAAACAUCAGGGGAAAGGUGCAGAGCACAAACUUUUCUAAUUCAUACUUUGUUUUACUUGUUAGUUGACAUGGAACUUCUGCUUAUGCUGGAAAAUUUCUCGUGCAGAAGAGACACAUGCACAGAGAAGAAAGUCACUGAUUCUCAAGCCAGUGAUUUACUAACAGAGGUGGCAUUACUGAAAGAUAAGAACAAAACAAUGGAAGAUGAGCUAAGAGAAAUGCAAGAGAAAUAUUCAGAUGUGAGCCUAAAGUUUGCAGAGGUUGAGGGUGAAAGGCAACAACUUGUAAUGACCAUACGCAACUUGAGGAAUGGUCAAAAGAAGUAACUAUUCAAUACCUGAUAGAAUUUAGGAUAAAAGAUGAAGAAGAAACACCCAUCUCUGUGUAUCAAAACAAUUAACAGAUAUGAUGAUUACGAUAGUGUGCCAAGAAGCAAGACCGCUUUCAUUAUUAACAUUCUUUUAUCAAAUAUUAAGUUUAUUAUA